AUGGUUUCAACACACGUUUCUGAGCCUGAACGCGGUCAUGAUGCGGGAUAUAGGGACAGGUCACAGGAAGCUAACGCAGAGCCCACUCCUAAUGCGAGUGAAUCGCAUAACGAUACGCAUCCGACCGCGCAAUUAUCGCAAACACUACCGUCAUAUGCAGCUGACUAUGGCCGGAACGACGCCGUAGACGGAACUACGAACUCCUCUACGGUUGGCUCAAGACACCCCGCCUUGCCCCAGCUACCUUCUGCCAAUGGUCUUGAAAGCUCUUCAGAUAUCUGGGCCGAUAGUGUAAAUAGCGACUUGCGAAGAUACAAUCCGGCUAUGCAACCACUUUCUCCGCAGGCAACGGGGCAGACGGAUCCCAGCGCCCUACAUGACCAGGCGCGGAAUGAGAUGCCAACAUCCGGGGUACAGCUACAAUCAAACAACCCAUUCCUCAAAGCUAAGCUGAGUCGCGAUCAAAAUCUAAACACAGCGUCAAAUGCGUUAGAGAAUCAAACACCGGACCCUACCUUUGAGAACCAGGGUGCUUCUCUCUACCCUCACCACUCACCGGGUGCCAGCCAGGUCAGCGACAAAAUGGGCAGCUUGUCCUUAACUUCACCCACCCAUAAUACUACAACCAACUCAGAGAACAGCCAAGGCGCGGCUGCUGAAGGUGUGGACUUGCUAGACAAGCCGAAAAUUCCUGAUAAGGCGCGCGCGGCCUAUGGAAUUACGCCACCAACAGAAUCAGAGAAUUUGAUUGAUUUAGACUCCCAUGAUUACUACUCAGAACCCGCAGGAACCAAUCCAGAAUUACAUACUCUUAGCGAAGCUAAGGAUGAGAGAAUAGAUAAAGGCAAGGGAGUGGCAACUCAAGGCCCGGAGCCUCAAACAAACCUGACGGGACCGCCUCUAGUUCCAGCCAUAAUCGAACCUGCCCCUGGUUCGAAGCCCACAACCCCCGCGCCGUCACAUCAACAUGCAAGCCACAAAUCUGAAAUAUAUGAUAUCCGCAUUGUCAACUGGACAGAUGGAACCACUGAGCUACGCCAAUCGCCAAUUCUGGUGCAGAACGAGAACGGGCCCUGUCCACUCCUUGCAUUAGUCAACGGCCUUGUGUUAAGGUCUCCGAUUAAUGCACAAACACCACUUAUUCGAGCAUUGAAUUCUAGAGAACGAAUAUCUCUAGGAUUAUUGAUACAAGCUUUGUUUGAUGAACUCAUAAGUUCACCGGAUGGAAAUGAAGAAUUACCUGAUAUCGAAGCCUUGAGCGUGUUUCUUACAAUGUUGCAUACUGGAAUGAACGUAAACCCACGCCUAACUCCAAUACUACAUCCUCCUACACCUGGAACCUUCCUCAAAACUCGGGAUAUUGAACUGUACAGUACAUUUAACCUCCCGCUAGUCCACGGCUGGGCUGCGGCGCCAUCUUCACCAACUCACGAAGCUAUGCUUCGUGUUGCUGAAUAUCACGAUGAUAUUCAGCUGCUUCAUUUCAAAAGAGAAGAUCUAGAAUCUAGAGCUAUAAAUACCGGGUCAUUAACCCCAGAUGAACAACGACUGUUUGAGGAUAUAGAUACCAUUCAGCGAUUUGUGACGGUGGAUAACCCUACACAGUUAAGCCCCUUUGGCCUUCAGCACCUAGAGCGGUCUAUACCGUCAGGUAGCAUUUGUGUGUUGUUUAGGAACGACCACUUUGCAACACUCUUUAAACACCCACUAUCCAACCAGCUAUUCACAUUAGUUACAGAUGCCGGGUAUGCCGGCCAUGCAGAGAUCGUCUGGGAAAGCUUAGUAGAUGUCAACGGCACGAACUCUGAGCUAUACUCUGGUGACUUCCGCCCUGUAGGGCAUAGCAACUCUGCACCUAGCCAGCCUCCACCGAGUGCAAGGGAGCCACCUCCGAAGGAAAAUACAAGCAGUACCGAGCAAACGGACGCAGAUUAUGCCUUUGCACUAUCACUACAGUAUGAAGAUGAGCAAAACCGACGAAAUGAACAGGGACCUCUGCAGCCCACGCGCCGGUCACAGAACAACCUCAGAAUAAACUCUGAAACAGCCUCUCCGCGGGGCCGGUCACAGCAUCAAAUCCGGAACACCCGCUCCGCUAGCUUUACACGACCUAAUUCCGCCCUUCCGUCUACUUUGACUCCCCUCCCUCGCACACCCACUACACACCGCCCACCUCCAUCAAGAACCCAAGGGUUCCCGCCAAUGGUCCCACCUGCCCCUAGCCAGAACAAUGCCGACAAUGACCCUAAUGCCCCUCCGCCAACUUAUGAACAGGCUGCCCAAGAGCCAGCAUAUAUACCACCACCUAACGGGCCCUUACACCCCCAGCAGCAGCAUAAUCACCAUCAACAACAACCGUACCACAGUCCCAUGGGCCCAAAUCCUCAGUAUAAUCGAAUGUCUGGAUAUGGCCCAGGUCCGCAUAUGCAAGGUAGGAGACGACAAGGCCCUGCCUCGCUAUCAACCUCCUCAUUACCCCAGCGUGACGAUUAUUAUAGAGAAAGAGAGAGAAAUAAAGAUUGUAUUGUGAUGUGA